AUGGCCAAUUUAGUGAAAGCGUGCCUCACUCGUGUGAACGAUGAGAUCCCUCCACUUAUUCGACUUACUCUUAAAGAAAUGGAGAGUUUGGAUGGAACGGUAUUUUUUCUUCUUAAAAAUCAUUUUCUACGUUUUUUGCUGUUUCAGGUCAACCGGCGUUUGGAGCGCGUUGCCUACCUGAAAAAGAAACUUCUUCAGAACUACCGGAAGAUGAAUCCGAAACAAAAAAAAGCGGCUAUAGAUGAAAUUAGAGUUAUUUUGAGAUUUUGAGUCAAUCAAAUAAUUUUGUUAUUUUUAAGUCUUGUCAUCGAGCAAUCGGAAAAUAUUCGAACCAAAAGAUUACCCUUGCAAAUCAACUUUACGAGAAAGUCGACGCCCGUAUUCUUCACAUGGAUAGAGUCUCCGCGAAGUUCAAUGCGUUUGCUCUCAAGCGCCUCGAAGAAACUAGUAAGUCCUCUUUUUCAAUGAAACUUGGCUUGAACUGGAACUUUAAGCUGUUACUUUAUGAAUUCUCUGCUAAAUUUGAAUUUUUUUUUUUGAUUUUCGAGAGUCUCACGGUAUAUAGCCUGUUCGCCACGGCUUGAAUUUUCUGCUUGUCUGCGUUUCUUUGUUCUCUCACCGGCGAGGUCAGACAAACACUAAACGGCACGUGAACAUGAGAGGGUCACACAGAGACGAAGAGGGCGCAGAGAAAACUCUGAUUUAUCAAGUUGUGUCGAAUGGGCUAUAGAAAAGAAAAUGUUCUGAUUUUUGCGAAAAAAUGUGGUUUCAGCCUUUUUUUUUCUCGAUUCAACUCUCAAUUGCAGGAAGAGCGAAGAAAAUCCAGAAAGAAAAUGAGAAUAAACAGACUACGGACAAAAAAAGCGAGGAAACUCCUGGUAACAUUUUAAAAAGCUCUGAGUAAUAAACUUUCUGAUUUUUCAGUCAAGAGCGAUUCUGGAAAGCCUCAAAUCAACCCGGGCACCGACAUGCCGAUGGAUCCAAAUGAACCUGUUUAUUGUAUCUGUCGACAGGUAAUAUAAUAAUUUUUUAAUCUUUUGAAAAUAUAAUUUAGGUUUCGUACGGGCAAAUGGUUGCGUGCGAUGGCAAAAAUUGUUCUACUGAAUGGUUCCAUUUUGCUUGCGUGGGAGUAACUGAAGCCCCCAAAGGUGAUUUUUUUUUCAGAAGAAUCCUCAAAAAGUAUGGUUUUGAGCAAGCAACAAGGGCAGAUUUUGGCUGGAAAACUAGUUGGAAAGAAGACACUAUAAUUUUUUUCGUUUUCUAGUCAUUCUUGAAAGCUCGGUUUUGUUUGAGGUUUUCCAAAAGAAGGUCUGAUUUUACACUGAGACUGGAAAUAACUCUAAUUCUCACCUCGAAAAAAGAUUGUUUUCGAAAUUAUUUGAUUUCGUCAAAAAAAAAAGCUGAGAAUCGAAAUCAGGAGAGUCACAUCAAUAAUCCAUACUCACAUUCAAAGUACAUGCCUUCAGAUCUACCAUAGCCCUAAUUUCAUAUUUACCUUCCACAUCUUCUUAGUCACUGAUUGAUCUACAAAUUGAUUAUCUCAAUACUUCAGGGAGAUGGUACUGCGAAGAAUGCAAGGCCAGGAACCCACGUCGGAAGAAACAGGCGGAGAAGAAAGCUAACGAAAAAGAAGCUGCCGAAUGA